CAGUUUCUUCAAUUUAAGAAACCCUAGAAAAGCUGAUGAUUCGAUAAUGAAGUUUGAUUUCACUGUGCAACUUCGAUCUGUUUUGUAGGAGCUAGAUAGAAAAAUGUCGAGGCCGAUCAUGCUCGUCUUUCUUCUGGUUAUACUUAUAGUCACUUCUCAGUUUGAAUGGAGGCAACCACUUCUUGAGCUUGAUGCAGCUCCUAGCUUGUCUCAGAAACAUCAGCAAAUUGCUAAGAGGGAAGAAGCUGUCAAGGAGAAGAUCAUCUUGUCACAAGAGAGACAUAUCCAGAGGCUAAACGACCUUGUACGAAAUCUUCAAAUUCAGUUACAGCGAUGCAAAGGAGAGAACGAGACACGAAACGCCACUGAAACCUCCCAUAUAAACAAACAGUUCAUUGAGCUCGAGAGGAAACACAUCGUGGAAGACUAAUAUUUCCUCCGUUAUUACAACAGCUCUAAUAAAUAACCCAAAUGGUACGUAAAAACUGUUGUAAUUUACUUUUGUUGUGUUAAAACCUUGCUUAUGAUUUGAUUAGAAGGAUGAUUUACUUUAAUUCACGAGUAAGUUGAGAUAUUUAAGUGUAAUAAAAGUUGAGAAUUAGG